AUGUCCGCGCUCUCCCCUGUGGCAAAGGCGGCGCUGCGCCACCCCGUGGGACGCGCCCGUGGCGACGGCAUCACCGCGACUGUCUUUGGCGCCUCGGGCUCGCUCGGCCGCUACGUCUGUGCGCUCCUCGGUAUGCACGGAAAUGGGUACGUCGUGCCGUACCGCGGAGACGAGACCGAAGUCGCGCACUUGCGCGUGUCGGCCGACUUGGGCAACGUGGCGCAGCAGCCGUUCCAUCCACGGGACCGGGACUCGAUCCUCGAAGCCGUCCGGGGCUCGGACAUUGUCAUUAACCUCGUGGGCAAACACUACCAGACGAAGCACAUGCUGCCGUGGUGGAUCAAUUACACGUACGACGACGUGCACGUGGACGUGGCCCGCACGAUCGCCGAAGUGGCCAAAGAAGCCGGUGUGCCCCGUUUCGUGCACGUCUCGUCGCUGCUGGCCCAGCCCAACUCACCGUCCGAGUGGGCUGCGUCCAAGUUCCGUGGCGAAGUGGCUGUUCGCAAGGCCUUUCCCGGAGCGACGAUCGUGCGGCCGUCCAACAUGUUUGGUCCGGAAGACCGACUGCUCGUGUGGAUGGGGAACCGCCUGAACUAUGGUGGCGUGCCCGUCGUGGACAAUGGCGAUGCCGUGAUCCAGCCGGUGUUUGUGAACGACGUGGCCAAGGCCAUAUACCACAUCACGCAGGACGCGACGAUCCAGGGCGAGACGUUUGAGCUCGUGGGCGACGAGGAGUUCUCGUACAAGGAAUUGGCCGACUACCUGUUUGACGUGACGAAGCGCAACCCAACGCUGGUCAAUCUGCCGCUUCCCGUGGCCCAGGCCAUCGGCUACUUCUGCGAGCAGUUUCCAGACCCCAAAUUCACGCGCGACUGGGCUACGCGCCUCAGCCUGAACGAGGUCAAGACUUCGGACCUGCCCGGCCUGCGGGAGCUCGAUGUGGAACCGACAAAGCUGGAGAAAGAAGCGCCCAACUUUCUCCUCAAGUUCAACCCUGGUGGCCACUUCCAGGAGGUGUCCGGCUACCACUAA